AUGGCUACAAGUUCCUUGGUCGCCUCGACCCGGGCCGCCCUCAAGGAAAGUCCGCGCGAGAUAUUCAAUUGGUGGUUAUUUUUCAACACGUGUGUCUGGAGUUUUUCGGGCGUCGCAAAAGGAUUCGAUGAAGGAAAUAUUGCAUCCGUCGUGGUCAUGAAAUCGUUCAUGGGAAAGUUCCGACUUGACUCCCUCUCCGCUACUGAAUACGCCAAUACCAAAGGCUGGAUCGUGUCCAUUGCCACUGCCGGCGCUGUUUUUGGUUGCCUCGCCUGCAGCUGGCUCACACAGAGGCUGGGUCGAAAGUGGACAAUGCAGGUCUUUACCGUCAUAUACAUGGCUGGAAUUCUCGGACAGACAUUUUGCAACGGAAAUCUUGGCGGCCUGUACGUUUCACGCUUGAUUUCUGGGUUCGGUAUUGGGGGGACAACCGUGCUUCCAUCGAUCUACAUCUCAGAGAUAGCGCCUGCCCCGAUCCGCGGGCUGCUCACGUUGCAGUACGCCUGCUGCCAGCAACUCGGGGUUGUCUUCGGCUUCUUCUUCAACUAUGGCAUAACACGCCACCAUCAAGACACUCAGCUACAGUGGCAGCUGCCAACCGGGCUGCAGCUUCUUCCAGCCGUCAUGUGGGGCCUCGGAAUCUGCUUCUGCCCUGAGUCACCUCGGUUUCUCUUGGCAAGUAAUCAGCCGAGCGAGGCCCUGAGGGUGCUGGCCGGCCUUCGAGGGCUUCCGGAACACCACCAGUACGUCCAAGCCGAGUUCCAUGGGACGGAACAGCAGCUCAACCAUGAGAUGGAGGCUGUGGCGGGGGCGUCUCAACUUGAUCUCCUCAGUGAGACCUUCUCCAAUCUUGAGAACCGUCGCCGAUUUGUCCUCAUGUUCAUGGCUCAUCUUUUUGCGCAGUGGUCUGGAGCGAAUGCCAUCACACAAUACAGCCCCACCAUCUUUGGCUACUUGGGCAUCGGUGGCGAGCAGGAGACGUUCCUCGCCACCGGAAUCUACGCCAUCGUCAAGUUCACAUCCACGCUUCUGGUCGCCGUCUUUGUCAUCGACUUCAUCGGGCGGCGGCGCUCGCUGAUGACCGGAAUUAUGCUCCAAAUCACCACGCUCACGUUUGUCGGAGCCUACCUGGGCGUAACCACCGGACUCAGCGCAUCGGAUGUUGCGAGCAGUCCGUCCGCAUCGGCCGCCAGUGUCGCCUCAAUAGUCGCCAUAUACCUGCACGCAGUUGCCUGGUCGAUGGGAUGGUUCUCUAUCCCCUAUCUGGUGUCCGCCGAGGUUUUUCCCCUGCGCAUCCGCGGGCUGUGCGUCUCGCUCCUGAUGGCGGCCCACUGGGCGUUCUAUUUUGCAUGUUCCAGGGCUAUGCCGUCGCUGCUCGUUGCCACACAUCGGUAUGGUGCUUUCGCCUUCUUCGCUUCCAUCUGUGCCACAUCGCUGGCAUAUGUAUUUGUCGCCAUGCCCGAGACCUCGGGCCGCUCGCUUGAGUCUAUGGACCGGCUCUUCCAAAGGCCGUGGUACACAGUCUUCAAGGUUGCAUAUCCGAGGCCCGAGGACCUCGCGGCUUCACAGUACUCUCGACAAGAGAAUGAUUCAGACGGGAUCGAUUGCGCUGCGGAGAAGUCGUCUCCUAAAGUCAACCAUGUUGAGUCUGCACCUUGA